AGGGGAUAUUGACCGCUUGCGGCCAUGAGAUUUCUCAGUGGAUAGAUCAUUUUCCGAGUUUCCAGAUUGAGUACCUCGCCCUAUCCCUCUCAGAAAAAAUGUCACUCUGGUUGAUGAGGAUAACGCUUCUUCUGCUGUUGAUGGCAAUGAUCCCUCAAAAAUCAGUAGGGGAGUUUGAGCAAUGGUGCAUAGCUGAUGAACAGACCCCAGAUGAUGAGUUGCAUGCAGCCCUGGAUUGGGCUUGCGGGAAAGGUGGUGCAGAUUGCAGUAAGAUUCAGGUGAACCAGCCCUGUUAUUUUCCUAACACUAUGAGAAACCAUGCUUCCUACGCAUUCAACGAUUACUUCCAAAAGUACAAGCACAAAGGCGGAUCUUGCUACUUCAAAGGAGCUGCCAUGAUUACAGAACUUGAUCCCAGUUAUAAUUCUUGUCAAUAUGAGUUCAUUCCCUGAUCCAGAGGCAAAUCAAUUCAUGUAAUAAAAUCAGAUGUUGAUCCCUUCCUCGAUCAAGUCUGUUCCUCGUUCUACUUCUACCCCUGCAUUCAUGCGUUGAGAUUUACCAUUUGUUGUCUACAAGCCGAAGGCUUUCAAUACUGUGUUAGAAAUUGUUUUCAGCCAUUGUGAUAGAUUUUGUGAUAAUUGAAAACUAUUGACCAUCUUGCAAACUG